CUGAUUUCUCAUGGUUAAUUAAUUAAGUGAUCUCACCUUAUUUUUCCUCUUAAAUGCAUCAACAUUUAGUCAUUUCAUCAGUAUAUUUAUGUGAAGCCAUCCUUCACUGCCAGCUCCCAGUGACUCCCCCCUUCCUCUCAGUGGCUCUAUAGAUUUUCUCCCAAUGAUAAAUUGGUCACAGGGAGCCGCUGAGGUGUGACCACGUGCCAAAGGAGUAUAGCUUUUUCCCUUUAAUGGGCCUAAUUAUGCUCAAGACCUUUAGAUCAGUUUGGAUAAGUUCUAAUGACGUGCCGUGGGAUGCAUCGCUAUGGUAAUCAAUCGAAAAAGUAAUGUGUACUGUCGAGAAGCUGCUAAAAUUGCAAAGUUGCUCCAUGAUUACACCAACAAAUGCAUAAUAUAAAGUAGUCACGUUUCAGAGAGUCGAUGUUGCAUCAGAGUUUGGAUGUCUUUCACUUUCUCUCUUUUGAUUGAACAAACGCGUAGAUUCUUUUAUCACAUCUCCAUCCAUCACCCCCACCCCUCCCCUCCCUUUCCAAACACAGACGCGGGUUAAUUUCUCGUCCAUUCUCUCCGGUGGCACCGAGGUGGGCAGAAACUUAUGCAGCUUACUUUGUGCUGAAUAUCAAAAGGCGCUUAAGCCGAGGUUUCCUCCCUCGGAAAGUCUUUUGUUUUUGUUUUUAUUGCAUUUAGAGAACGGAGAUGAAUCAUUCGGACGGAUACCGCAGCGCGUAAAAGUUGUGGAUGGUUACUUUUACGCAUAAACACCCGAAGGACUAUUUUAUCUCCAAACGUUGCAGUAUAAUAAGAGAGCAGGUGAAAUUCUUCCCUCUGCAAUAAUCCCGCCAACAAGCAGGCUGGAAGACCAUCCACUCCGGAGAACACCGCGGAUCCGCAGAGCGCAGAUGAUCGCAACUGGUGUUUGUGGAGUCACGCUGGUGCUGGUGUUGGUGGUUCUGAUCCCGGUUGUGGUGAACACCGCCGGGACUCCUUCCCGCUACGAGAUGCUCGGCUCCUGUCAGAUGGUGUGUGACUCCCACGGGACAACGGCCACGGCAAAGGCAACCAACCCGAUCAAAGAUAACCGUCUGGUUCAGUCGCUGCCGACGUCCAACCAAGGUCCCCAAGGAGAGCCGGGGCGCGUGGGGAGGAUGGGUCCGAGGGGUCCGGUUGGCGAUCCCGGGCCCCCUGGACCUGCUGGUCCCCCUGGAGAUAGAGGGUCGCCGGGUCCUCCUGGUUUACCUGGAGCCCCCGGGUUGAAUGGGCCAAACGGUGCCAUCAGCGCUGCUACCUACAACACGAUACCAAAGAUCGCGUUUUACGCAGGACUGAAGAAGCAGCACGAGGGAUAUGAAGUGUUGAAAUUCGACGAUGUAGUCACAAAUCUUGGCAACCACUACGACCCCGCGACAGGGAAAUUCACCUGCUCGAUACCAGGGAUUUACUUCUUUGUUUACCAUGUGCUGAUGCGGGGCGGAGAUGGGACAAGCAUGUGGGCUGAUCUCUGCAAAAACAACCAGGUAAGAGCCAGUGCCAUCGCCCAAGACGCCGACCAGAACUACGACUACGCCAGCAACAGUGCAGUCCUACACCUGGAGCCCGGGGACGAGAUUUACAUCAAGCUGGACGGCGGGAAGGCGCACGGUGGCAACAACAACAAGUACAGCACCUUCUCCGGCUUCAUGUUGUACGCUGAUUGAAACACGGGGGAGAAAAGAUCUGCUCCACAUACACAGCUCGCUUCACUGCUCAUGCUCGGUUCCAUGUCAGUUGGAUUAUAACAGACAGAGCUCAACAUUACCAUAUGGCAAAAAGAAAAAAAAAAAGAGUCCAGGGAGAUGUGGAGGACGUCAUGCGUAACAAAGAGCUGCACUACGGUGUAAUUACAGAGUAUAAUCAUGGAUUUUUUAAGUGUACAGCACUGAAUUGUACUUGUCAGAUUGAUUAGUGUCGCUGUUGAACCCUAUGUGAACUGUUUAGCUUUACAAAUUAAGUUUGCUGGUAUGUCAAACAUGCUCUUACACCUGCUGAAUGAAUGAAAGAUUAAUGUAUUCACCAUUAACACUGAUAAAGAUGCUGAAAUUAUAUCCACAUAAUCACCACUCUGUCACAGUAAAGUUAGUCCCUAUAUGUGCUUUAUUUUUCAUACAGAUUUAACAGUUAUUGCAUUUUUGAGUGGACAUGUAAAUGCUGAAGUGAUGCAUGAUUCAAACAUUUACAAGAGAAGAUGUAAAGGGCCAAACUGAUGUUACUGUCACAAGAGGAUCACUGUAACUCAAUUUCUUGUCUUCUUGUGACAGCUGGUUGGAGCACAGGGAGGUCUGGUGGUAAGUCAUGGGUCCCUCUGUAUAAAACUGUCAGCUCAUGUGUAAAAAUAUAAUGUACAAAAUAAAUCCCCUGCCUCCUUU